GCUUGGUACACCGCAGGACAAGCUUUGAGAUGCUCAGUGAGAAGGGGCAGAUGAUACAGUCAACUUUGUCUGAUAAAUAACCUUUUACAUUCAGGAAAUGCUGAAUGACCUUGAAUGGUGAUUCAAUGAUGGCCUUGUUUUGAUGUGCCUUUCCCCUGGGCUUCUUUUACAGAGAUUCAAGGCAGCACCUGUUGCUUUAAAUCUACAGCAAGGACGCUGAAUAUCAUAUAUAUUGAAACGCAGGACUGCAGUUUUUUUUUUUUUUUUUGUUUUUUUCAAAAUCAAGUUCUUUGCUCUGAAGCAGGUGCAGUCGUGAUGUCCACAGGUUCGGUGAGUGAUCCUGAAGACCUCCAGGAGCUGUCAAUCACUCACAUGGACACUGGUUCUCUGGAGGACUCAGAAGACGAGUUAAGUAUCGAUGACAGUUUGAAAGCAAAGACCAAACAACCUCGAGCUGGUGCCAGCAACAACAAGCAACAAGUGAAGAUGGCAAAGGAUGGCAGACAGUCUCAGAGAAACGCAGCAAAUGCCAGAGAGAGGGCACGCAUGAGAGUUCUGAGUAAAGCGUUCUCUCGGCUGAAGACCAGCCUGCCGUGGGUACCGGCAGACACCAAACUGUCAAAGCUGGACACUCUGCGCCUGGCAUCCAGCUAUAUAUCUCAUCUCAGACAGCUCUUACAAGAGGACAGAUACCAGAACAGCUUUGUGCAUCCUGUAAACUUGACCUGGCCUUUUGUGGUCUCGGCACGAUCAGAGGACACCAAAGACAUUUCAGCAGCGGUCAGACUAUGUGGAGCUACAGCAUAAACAUCUGGCACCUCUCUGUCUUUUAUCCCCCUCCAUCUCUCUCUCUCUUUCUUUUUACUGUCUGUACUCAUGCACUUCCUUUGAACUUACAUCAAUGGACAUUAUGCAAUGAAAAAAACUGCAUGUGGUAUGUACAUGUAGUUAAACAGCAAAGUCAUCGCACACAAAUCUUUAUAGCGUGAUUAUGUUGUCUAUCUAGCAAACAUAUUAUUUUGUGUUUUAUUAAUUUGCUGUCUGUAUGUAGCUUAAAACUAACUUUUAAAGAAAAAAGUGCAUGAGCACCAGAAUCACAAAAAAACAACAACACUUAAAAAAAAAAAAAAAAAAAAAGCACUUGCAAUUUUUCUAACCACACAACAGACAUUUAAAAAUCAUAUUUUGACAAUGUUUUCAACCUGUGGAAUCGCUCAAUUAUUUUCUACAACACCCUUGAUGCAGAUGCAUAAUAAUGUUUUUUAUGUAGCCUAUACCAGAUGAGGUCAUUUGUAUACGCCUGUUGACCAAGUGUAUCUCAUGUUGAAUCAUUUGUUCAUUGGGCACUGUGAUUCACUAUACUACACAUAAACUGAAAUGUGUCACUUAAUAGGAAUACUUUGAGGAAUGUACUAGUUAGCUUAAAUGUCACAAAGUCCACAGUGUGUGAAGUUUCUUAACAGCCUACAUAAAAUAUGUGUUUUAAUUGCUAUCAUACCAGCUUUUUCAGGAUGCUUAAUUUUUCUCUUUUGCAUGGAAACUGAAUGGCUCUAAAACUCAGCUCUUGCUGAUCUUUUUACAUUAAACAAUGUGAUAAGAAAGUGAUCACACACAACUUAAAAUACAGUAUUUUCCAAAUUGUAGACGCCCAAAUGUAGGCUUGUGUUGUGCCCAUGUGCACAGCGGUCAUUAUAAAAGUGUGUAGUUUGAAGAGGAAGCUGACUUUUCAUCACGUUUGUGGACGACUGCAGCUGUCGAGCCAUUAGUUUCCCAGAAUGCUGAACUGGUCCCUUGAGGGAGACUCACAGGAGAUGAAGCACUUUGUCAGGCAAGGACAACUCAGAAACAGCUCUCACGUUCUCCACCGCUGCUAGGAUGAGCGCUCUGGGGUUCACUGA